AGCGGCAAAGGGAAUAAAUCAGCACAAAGUCAUCAAUAUGUCCUCUUAUGACGUUGGAACGUAUGUGAUCUGCUCAGUGUACCGAGGCGAACCAGUUUUCUGUGACAUAUGAAGCACAAACUAUCGAAGCCGCCAGAGUGAUUUGUUGUGCGGGGGUUGUUGUUGUUCUUCGUAGUAAACAGAGGGUCGAUGGUACUCCAGGGAGGUUGUGAACACUACUAACUAGAGCUUAAUAGCCGUUGUUGGGUACAGAGUGAUAAGGAAGGAUGGGUUGGUGCUGAGGUGACUAAACACACUGUUGAUGGAGACAAACAUCACAUGGAACUGACUGUUGAUUCAACAAAGGAUGUGAUCGAGAUCGACACUGAUUCGCUUGACGAAUCUAACAAGAAGCUCCCUCUGUUGAGAAACCCACCGAUCUUGGAGGCAACUGAGGAUUUGACAUCUCUUUCCUACUUGAACGAACCAGCAGUGCUCCACGCAAUCAAAGUUAGAUAUUCACAACUGAACAUUUAUACGUACUCUGGUAUUGUGUUGAUUGCAACGAAUCCGUUCCAAAAAGUUGACCAGCUUUACUCUUCCGAUAUCAUUCAGGCAUACUCAGGGAAGAGCAGGGGUGAAUUGGAACCUCAUUUGUUUGCCAUUGCAGAAGAUGCAUACAGAAGAAUGAAAGAAGACGGAAAGAACCAAACCAUCGUUGUUAGUGGUGAGUCUGGUGCGGGUAAAACCGUCUCGGCAAAGUACAUUAUGAGAUAUUUCGCAUCCGUUGAGGAGAUUACAAAUAAUAACUCUGUUUUGGGUUCGAAUAACGGCACAAGUAUUGAAAUGUCCGAGACUGAAGAACAAAUCUUGGCUACCAACCCAAUCAUGGAAGCGUUUGGUAACGCAAAGACAACAAGAAAUGAUAACUCUUCCCGUUUCGGUAAGUACCUCGAGAUCCUGUUUGACGAUAAAACAGCUAUCAUUGGUGCCAGAAUCAGAACUUACUUGUUGGAACGUUCAAGACUUGUCUUCCAACCAGCUUCGGAGCGUAAUUAUCACAUCUUUUACCAAAUGCUCGAAGGUUUAUCCUCCGAGGAUAAAGAGGAUUUACUCUUGACAGAGAUUUCAGACUACAAUUAUAUGAACCAAGGCGGUGAUUACAAGAUUGAAGGAAUUGACGACAAGGAGGAGUUUAAGGCCACAACGGACGCCUUGUCCUUGAUCGGUAUCAAUCAAGAGACCCAAAAGGCAAUCUUCACCAUCUUGGCGGCAUUGCUUCACAUAGGUAACAUUGAAAUCAAGGCAACAAGAAACGAUCCAAAUUUAUCAUCAGAUGAACCUAACUUGGUCAAGGCCUGUCAAUUACUUGGCGUCGAUCCUUUCAACUUUGCCAAAUGGAUUACUAAGAAACAGAUUGUAACUAGAUCUGAGAAGAUUAUCUCGAACUUGAAUCAUAAACAGGCUCUCGUCUCAAGAGAUUCUGUCUCGAAGUAUAUUUAUUCUGCCUUGUUCGACUGGUUGGUUGAUUAUAUUAACCAUGACUUAUGCUCCGAAGAGGUUGCUGAGUCAAUCAACUCUUUUAUUGGUGUUCUCGAUAUUUAUGGAUUCGAACACUUCGAAAAGAACUCCUUCGAGCAGUUCUGUAUCAAUUAUGCCAACGAGAAGUUACAACAGGAGUUUAAUCAGCAUGUCUUCAAGCUAGAACAGGAAGAGUACAUCAGUGAGAAGAUUGAAUGGUCUUUUAUCGAAUUCAGUGACAAUCAGCCUUGCAUUGACUUGAUCGAGCAGAAAGUUGGUAUUCUUUCAUUGCUUGACGAGGAAUCUAGACUACCAGCAGGUAACGAUGAGAGUUGGAUUACUAAGCUUUAUCAGACAUUGGAUAAGGAACCAACGAACAAAGUAUUCAAGAAACCUAGAUUUGGUCAAACAAAGUUUAUUGUGUCCCAUUAUGCUCUUGAUGUGACGUAUGAUAUUGAAGGGUUCAUCGAGAAGAACAGGGAUACAGUUUCUGAAGGUCAUCUGGAAGUUUUGAAAGAAUCGAAGAACGAGCUCUUGAUUGAAAUUUUGGACAACUUGGAGAAAGCCAACGUCGCUGUUGAAGAAGCGAAUGCUGCGACAAAGAAAAGAACAGUUAACAGAAAGCCAACAUUGGGUUCCAUAUUCAAGAAAUCUUUGAUCGAUUUGAUGCAGACCAUUAAUUCUACAAAUGUUCAUUAUAUCCGUUGUAUCAAACCGAACGAGGAGAAGGCUGCCUGGAAGUUUGACCCACUCAUGGUUCUUUCUCAAUUGAGAGCAUGUGGUGUCUUGGAAACAAUCAAGAUUUCAUGUGCCGGUUUCCCAACUAGAUGGACGUACGAGGAGUUUGGAAGCAGAUACCAUAUUUUACUUCAUUCUGAUCAGUAUGUUCCAAUCCUCACCGGAAAAGCGGAUGAGCAGACUGUGCGUGAGAUCUGUAACGCAAUUUUGCAGAAGACAGUUGACGAUGAGCUGAAGUACCAACUUGGUCUUACAAAGAUCUUCUUCAAAGCUGGUAUGUUAGCUCAUCUUGAGAAGCUGAGAACUGAUAAGCUGAACAGCUCAGCUGUUCUUAUUCAGAAGUAUGUGAGAGGUCUGUAUUACCGUCAGCAGUAUGUUAAUGCCAGAGAAUCUCUUUUGAAACUUCAGGCACUUAUUCUUGGGUUCAAUGCCAGAGUCAGAGCAAAAAACGAAAGGGAAAGAUUGGCUGCUACUGCUAUUCAAACACUUGUAAGAGGUUACGCUGCUCGUAAGAGAUUUACAGAAGCUGUUGGAUCCAUUGUGGCCUUCCAGGGCUUGGCUCGUGCUCGUCUCACCAGAGACACAUUCUUGGAACAACAAAGGUCAUUCCAUGCUAUUACUAUCCAGAACAGCAUUAGAGCGUAUAAGGAAAAAAAUAGUUUCAACAAACUCAAGAAAGCUGCCGUUGUUACUCAAUCUCAUUACAGAAUGAAGCAAGCCAAGAAGGAAUUAGCUAUCUUGAAACAGGAAGCAAAGUCUGUGAACAAGUUAAAGGAAGCUAGUUACAAGUUAGAAAACAAGGUUAUCGGUCUUUCACAACAGUUAACAGAGAAGGUUAAGGAAAACAAGGCUUUGAUUGCUGAGAUCACGACUUUGAAACUGGCUGUUGAGGAAUCACAGAAAACCCAUGACACAUUGAAAGCUAGAGAAUUGGAACAGGAACAGAAGCUUACUGAUCAGGCAGACUCACACACCAAGGAGAUUGAAGUGUUGAACACCGAGAUUUCUCAAGCAAAGACUGACCUUGAACAAUCUGCUGAAAAGAUCAAGGAGCUAACUGAGUUGCAAACACAAUUGAAAAACGAGGUCAAAGAAACAUUAGCACAACUAACAGCUGCUAGAGAGGAACUCGAGAGACACGAGACUGCGGAAGGAGAUUUGAAGAAACAAGUUGCCAUGCUCAAGCAAGAAGUGGAACAGUUAACAAAACAUCAGUCUACUUCAAGGGGUGCAGUUGUUGGGAAUAUUACACCUAAAAGAUCUAGAAGAUACAGUCAAUAUUCCCAGAAUAGUGACCAAUUUAGCCCUAAGCCUAUGUCAGUUAUACCUGUUUCCAAUGACGAUGAAGAUGCUGAGUCGACUGCUAACUCAUUGACUGCUAUAACAAACGAACUUUACAGAUUAUUACAGGACUCAAAGUCAUUGCAUAGUGAGAUUGUUGGCGGAUUAUUGAAGAACCUAAAGGUUCCAGUAAGCGGUGUCAUGUCCGAGCUUACUAAGAAGGAGGUUUUGUUCCCAGCUAGAAUUAUAAUCAUCAUUUUGAGUGAUAUGUGGAGAUUGGGAUUGACCCAAGAAUCAGAAGAUUUCUUGGGUGAGGUACUGGCCGUGAUUCAAAGUAUCGUCUCUGGCUUGAAAGAUGAUGAUAUUAUUCCACAUGGUGCAUUUUGGCUAUCUAAUACCCACGAACUCUAUUCCUUUGUUUCUUAUGCUGAAAUGACUAUUGUUGAGAACGAAAACAUUCUUAGUGAAAUGGGACAAGAUGAGUACACCGAAUACCUGAAGCUUGUUGCUGUUGUCAAAGAAGACUUCGAGUCUUUAUCAUAUAAUAUUUUCAAUAUGUGGAUGAAGAAGAUGGAGAAAGAACUGGAGAAGCAAAUUGUUUCUGCUGUUGUUCUUUCACAGUCUCUUCCGGGAUUUAUGGCCACUGAAUCCACACCAUUCUUGAGCAAGGUGUUUUCCCAGACAGCUCAGUAUAAGAUGGAUGAUAUUUUAAGUUUCUUCAACAAUGUUUACUGGGCUAUGAAGUCAUUCUUCAUUGAACAAGAAGUUAUGAAUGAAGUUAUCACAGAACUGUUGAGAUUUAUCGAUGCUGUUUGUUUCAACGACUUGAUCAUGAGACGUAAUUACCUCUCCUGGAAGCGUGGUUUGCAGUUGAACUACAACGUUACAAGAAUUGAGGAAUGGUGUAAGAGUCAUGACAUUGCGAAUGCAUCAAACUACUUGGUUCAUUUGUUACAAGCCGCAAAGUUACUUCAAUUGAGAAAGAACACUGAUAAGGAUAUCGAAAUCAUCUUUGAGAUCUGUUAUGCUUUGAAGCCGGUCCAGAUCCAAAGAUUGCUUUCUCAGUAUACGAUUGCUGAUUAUGAAACGCCGUUAGAUGAGAGUGUUCUUGCGGCUGUUGCAGAUAAGGUUAAAGAACAAGGUGCAAGCUCGGACGAUUACUUUGAGCCUGUGAGUGUUGACGGCCAAUUUGAAGAUCCAUUCAGACGCACUGAGAUUCGUCCAUUUGCUAGAGUUGAGGCGUACGUUCCUGCCUGGUUGAACCUACCAAUUGUUAGAAGAAUUGUGGAAUUGGUUACCAAGAAUGCGUCUGCCCAGGAAUACCUCAAUUCAAAGCUUGAAGAACAAGAAUCUCUUGCUGACUGA